AUGCGUUGCCGGGGGACACACGCCGGCAAACUACAUAGGAAAAUCGUCAGCAUAGACUCUAGGAAGAAUGGCGUACUGAUACAUCGAAAUGUUCCUGGGCUGCACUUGGCUCUCCCAAACACCUCGACAGGACCCCGACGGACUGGACCUCCAGGCGUAGAGGUUGGCGCCAAUUUGGCGGAAUCCUCGACGGCAAAGGCAGCCGUAGGCACACAAGAUGUAUACUUUGUAGACUCUGAGCUGGAAGAUGUUUUGCUGGGGCCCACGCUUGGCGACGUGGCGAUUGUCGAGUCGGCCGAACUUGAUACCAAUGUCGAGGAGCCAAGUUUGCUCGACAUCCUGCCACUUGACGAGGGUGAGACGGUGGAGGACUGUUGUUUACUGGAAUGGAGUGACGGCUGGCCGGACGAAGAGAUCACUGCUGUUGACGUGCUACCCCUGCUGUUGACCGGUGUCGUUGCCCUAACCGUGACCAUGCUCGAGCUUGAUGACUUGGAUGAGCUAGACUUGGAGCUUAGGGUAGAGCUAGCUGGCUGCGAAGAACGACCAGGCAUUACUGAACUCGGAGCCGAUGAAGUCAGUGCACUAGAAUUCCCCAGUGUAGGAGAAAUUAAAGUGUUUGAGCGAAUUGGUUUCGAGAAUGUAGGACUCGAAACUGUCGGGCUAGAGAUGGCAGGCUUUAAAGUUGACCUUCCCCUUGUGAAAGAAGAGAACGAGGUCACUGGCGUGGAGAAGCUGGGAGGAGUCGAGCUUUCGAUGCACGAGGAGCUUUCUGGUAUUGACGAGUUGGAUGGCACUGGUUGGCGUGAGAUUUCAGACCGAGGCUUCGUGCUAAAGCUGGCAGUCUGCGAAGAACCGUCACCAGAAACCGGGAGGCUAGAAGUACCGGGUUGUGGCGUAUGA